AUGGCGGCUGCGGUGUUUUGAGUUCUAAUUUGAAAUCGUAUCGUUUAUAACAAAAUGCUCGAGCUAAGCGGUGUCUUGGUGACAGAAAAUCUGUUUUAAUGCUUUUAAGGGGGCUCUGGUUUCUUAUCUAUGGGCUCAAAUGAUGUUAUCGCAGUACAUCAGUCAGUUUUGGGCAGCUGUGUUUGCUCUUCAGCUGAUGUGACUUCCUUGCCAGAUCCAUAUGAUGUUGCAAGAAAUUUGCUGUCAGGCUUUUGUGAUUAUAAAAGACUGAGGCAUAUUCCCUCCAGAGAAUUUAAGCCAUGGUAUGAUGAGAGUACCUUAACCUGUUUGUGCUUCAAGGUACUUCCCCCAAAGUUGACAGUGAUUUCAGAACUGACACCAAACCAAUCAUCAGUUUUAAGGCAAAACUUCUUAUCAACAAGUGACAACUUACUUGACUUUUCACCUGUGUAUUCUGGUAAAUCAGGCUUAAAAAAAGCACAGCUGAAGAAAGGUGAUCAUCAGGGUAGUUGUGAUGACAAAGAGAAGAUUGUGAGCAGAACAUGUAACAAUCAUCCUGCAGAACACCAUAGCCCCUGGAGUAGGGGUGGUAGUGUAGAUUGUUCUAAAUGUGGAAGUGGAAAGAGCAAACUGUUGGAGGAAGCUCUAAAUCCUAUAAAUACCUCAGCCAAAUCAUUGUGGUGUGUCAGUCCUCCACAUAUCAAUUGCAGGAAAGGGAAAGAAAAAGAGACUGUUUUGGAAAAAUUCAAGGAGACAGACCUUCUCCAAGUGAAGCAACAGUAUGGAUUGGAUUAUCAUCAACGAGGAAAAUGGAUUGUUUGUGCCAAAAAAGGUUCCUUAAAAGAGGAGAAUUUCACAAUAAAACAACUUUGGAAGAAAGUAUGCUCAUUGAUCCAAGAAGGUCGUCUUCCUUACUGCAAUGCAAAACUUCAGACAUUGCAAGAUGAGGUGUGGGUGUACUGUGACUUUGAACACUCAUUAAAGGUCAGAAGUACCUUAGAAGAGGCCCUUGGAAAUUUCUUCCUGGAAAUUUCUUUCGUCGUUCAUCCUGUUGGCGUUGUUAUGGAACUAUGAUGAAGAAACUCUAAAGUCGUUUCACUACUUAGCCUGCGUGAAAGCCCGGAAAGAUCGAAAGAGCCGCGUGCAAGAGAGAGCAGACACGCUCCUCUCUCACGCAGGACUACUCUUGUGUGCUAGCCGUCGUAAUCACCAGCGUCGUGUUCCUCUCGCAGAAUCUUUUUACACUUAACAAAAUUUUAAAAUGUUAACAGAACUCAUUAUUGCAUCAAUUACUAAUUUGAAUUAGCUUACGUAGGUUAUUUAUUCAUUAAAUCUUAGACGCAUUUGCGGCAAUCGCAAUACUUUUCACACGUCAAGGCAUCAUCGCUGUUUUUAACGAGUUUUGCAAUAAAUGUAACUGACACAUUACCUUCUACUGAAUACACUAACGCAGAUUUUACAUUAUUUAUAGAUAUACCGGUAUAUUUAUUUACUAGAUUGGAUAUUUGCUAGAUUGAGGCUAUAAAUUAUCAUUGAUUGGCUUGAUCAAUAUACAUGUAUCUGGCUGGUUCCACUUCUGACCAUUAUUGUAAGUGCGUUGUAACUUAGUUAGAUGUUACAAUUCAACAAUGAAUUUAUUUCCUUGUGGAAUAAACUAAGGGAAGAAUUGUCAGAGAGGAUCUGUGUGAAGUUUUGUGCUCAGGGUGCAACACCUAGAGCGAAAGAUAUUCAUCAUCGCCAAUGGUGGGGAAUGAAAGUUUAAUGAAGACCCUUGCAUUGAGAAUUCUCAGUGAGAAGUGCGUGAUCAAGUCGUGCUUGGUUUUAGUUUGCAUGUGAUGGGUUGAGUCAGUUUAAAACUAAUCACGUGGCCCAGUAAAGUACAUCUAAAGCAAUCGCAACAGCCAAUCAAAGAAAAGGUAAUUAUCGCCGAGAGCCAAUGUGAACUCGAAGUUAUGAAUACGUGUAAUCUGCUCAUAGAACAUAAAAACUCAAGUGGCCAAUCACGACUGGCUUUAGUUUUGAUUGUAAUUGAUUAAAAAGUAGUGCAAAAGUUCAAGACUAUCUCAAGUCUUGCAGAAUCAAAGAGAUGUAAUCUCUGACUUCGUAGCCCUAAACCCAAGUUAACUAAGCGUCUCGGGUAGGUGCGCACUCCGACUAUUUUAGGACCAUGUGCAUGUGUGCAAGUGUAGUUCAGUUUCUCUAUUAAUG